GUUUUCUACCAGGAAGCGGCUCGGCCAGUCGGAUGCUCUGCUGUAAAGCCUGUGAGAGAGAACAUUCUCACUGUCCAUUGCUGAGAGAGAAAGGGUGAGAGGGAGAGAGAAAGAGGGGAAAAAAAGGGGUCCAGUGGAGAAGAGAGGAAGAGGGGUGGCGGUAGGAGAAGGAAGCAGACAUGGCUUCUAAAGAGAUCUCAGCCUCUGGUUUUGUCAGUGUGACCAAGGAUAUGACAGAGAGCAUAAGGAAGAUUAUCGAUAAAUCAUCCAUAAAGUUUAUUUGUAGCAUUAAGCUUGACACCAAAAAUGGCAAAACAGAGGAUAAAAUUUUGGUCCUCGCAACAUGGCGUCUCUCUUUUCUGGCUCCAAAGAUUCCUGCUAAGGUAGAAACUACGUUCAACUUCUUGGAGAUUCGUGCUUUGAAUUCUCACCCUGAUCACCAGGUUAUUAUCGACACUGACAAGUCCGGUUACACCCUGAGGUUUGAGUCCCGCGAACACCUCAAUCAUGUGGUCAGCCAUAUUAAUUUCGCCCUGUCCCGAAUAUUCAACAACUCCAUCUUUGCCCCAUCCAUCUGUCACUCAGACAGCGACCUUUCGGAGGGAAGCAGGAAGUAUUCGCCCAGCUCAGAGACUUCAGUCGAAACCCAGAGGGCUUGUGGAGGCUUCUCAGAGACCUAUGCUGCUCUGUGUGACUAUAAUGGCAUCAGCUGCAAGGAGGAAGUGCAAUGGGAUGUGGACACGAUCUAUCACUCCCAGGACAGCCGAGAGUUUAACCUGCUGGACUUCAGCCACUUGGAGAGCAGAGAUUUGGCUGUGAUCAUUGCAUCAAUGGCAUAUAACACCUGGUUUACCAAACUGUACUGCAAAGACCUUCGCAUUGGAUCAGAGGUCACUGAGCAGGUCCUGCACACGGUUAGCAAAUCAUCCAGCCUUGAGGAGAUCACCCUGGAGAACGCUGGGUUAAAAUCAGACUUUCCUCAGAAGAUGGCCACUGCUUUAUCAGAGAACCCAGCAUCCGUCAUCCAUUCCAUUAAUUUGGCCCACAACUCACUGGACAACCAAGGUGUGUCCAGCUUAAUCCAGCAGGUGUGUCGCCUCAGCAAGGGACUUCGUCUCCUCAACUUGUCCAAGACUUCACUUACCUCGAAGGGUGUGGUGUCUCUCUCUCAAGCGCUGUGCUCCAGCGAUGAAUACUCCAACUCCCUCCUGCACCUGGACCUAAGCAAGAACCCCGGGGUUCUCUCAGGGGAGGAUGGCUCGAACUUUUAUCUCUUCUUGUCUCAGCCAAACUGCCUGGUCCACUUGGAUCUGUCGGGCACAGACUGCUCUGUUGACUCUCUAUUUGGGGCUCUUCUGAGGGGGUGCUGCGCCGAUCUUUCCUUUCUGAAUCUUUCCAAAAAUGCCUUCUCCCACAGGAAAGUAAAGGAUACGCUGCCUUUGUUCCGUCAGUUCUUCAGCUCAGCUUUCAGUCUCACUCAUGUCAGCUUCGCUUCUAUGAAGCUGCCCCCUGAUGUUUUGAGAGCUGUCCUGAUGGGAUUGACCUCAAAUCCUCAUAUCACUGAUCUUCAUCUGGACAUCAGCAGCUGUGAGCUGAGGUCUGCAGGAGCGGCUGUAAUCCAUGAACUCUUCCCCCGGGUCUCCUCCAUCGCCACGUUGGAUAUCUCCGACAACGGUCUCGAUGCAGAUUUGCUCACAGUGCUGCCUGCCCUUUCAAGACACCCUUCCCUAAAACACCUUCAUCUGGGCAAGAACUUCAACAUCAAAAACAGGGUUCUGGAUGAAGUCUUGCAGAAACUGGUUUUGCUUAUCCAGGAGGAGGAAUGCGCCCUGCAAUCUCUGUCCCUGGUGGACGCGCGCUUGCGCUCCCGGGGAACUGUGCUGGUCAACGCUUUGGGCAGCAACACCUGCCUGAGAAAAGUGGACCUGAGUGGAAAUAACAUGGAUGACAUUGGAGCCAAGAUGCUCAGCAAAGCCCUGCAGAUCAACACAACACUCAGGAGUGUGACAUGGGAUCGCAACAACACCUCUGCUGCAGGAUUUCUUGAUGUGGCACGAGCUCUUGAACAUAAUUUCACCUUGCAGUACAUGCCUCUGCCCCUUAGUGACAUCGGCCAGGCGUACCGCAGCGCUCCAGAGAAGACAGAGCAGGCCCUCACUAAGAUCCAGCGUGCUCUAGUAAGGAACAACCAGACGCAGCGCUUCUCUCAGAGACAGGCUCUGCGGCUGCACCAGGGCUUGGUCACCAGCACUGCCGAACAGGUGAUGGAGCGCCUCAGUGUGCGUGUCCAGCAGCAGGUGUGUUUGUUACGGGGCAUCGGAGAGAUGGAGGAGAUUCAAGCUGCAAAACAAGUACUGAAAGAGGCCAGGAACUCUCGAGCUCUCUACCCUGCGCUGUGUGAGCUGGCCCAUGUUCUGUCUGUAGACGGGCCCGUGCGGCAGAGAUUGGACUCCCUGGCAGGUGAACUCGCCAAGGCUGCAGAUAAAGAGCUGCAGGUGAUCGUUGACUCCAUGGUGUCACUCUGCCGCGAGCUCUGUCCUUUAUCAUCUUCUGCAGCGGAGAGAUUAAGUCCUCCGCUCUCAUCUGUCUCCGAGCGAGUGUCCAUCCCACGCUCUGCCAUCCGUUCUGCCCUCAUGGAAAGAGCGGCGCAGGACAUUCACAGAGCUUUGGAAGAAGUAAAGCUGUCUGUGGUUUCCUAUCUCACCAACUCCAUCGUGGACCAAAUCCUGCAAGAACUUUACGCCACCCACAAGACCCUGACCCGGCAGGUGUCUCAUCUAAAAUGCUGGGAGGGGACGUGUGAAGAUGGGACUGCAUGGAGUUUUAACAGACACAGAGACUCCCUGGACAUCACAGAUGAAGAGCUCAGCACCAGCAUAGACACAAUAGCCAUUAAGAAGCGCAGCUCUAGAACAAGAAGAAUACGACCUGUCUCUACAAGGCUGAGCUUGUGUGACGACUCCAGCUCCUCUCCACCUCCCUCGGUGCCAUCGUAUUCCUCGCCUCUGUCCCACUCGGCAUCCUGGGAGGGUCUGUCAGAGCUGCCUACACAGGGUCUACCUCUCCAUCAUGUGACGCGAGUUCGGCCAAGGCCUCCACGCAGACACAGGGGAGGGCAUAUCCCAGCUGAGACAGACUGCAGUGAAAAUGGAGGAAUAAGCCCUCUGGAUGAUGGACUCCCAGAUUUUUAUACAAAAAGAGUUCUACCUGAUAGUCAGCUCUCCUCCUUGCACAACGCACACUCUCUGAGGAGGAAGAAAAGGAGAAACAUGCUGGCCAUCUUCGGUUUUCGUAAGAACCGCAGCCAGACUUUGUCCAAUCAGGAGCCGGAAUCUGAGGUGGAGGUCUACAGAGAUGGGUGCCACACUGUUGCUACAGCACCCACAGGGACAGCAAUGGAAAAUGUAUACACGCUUCUCCAGGCUCCGCGGCCAGCUGGCAGGUCUCCCAGCGAUGGGGCUGAUGGGAAAAUGAAUGAUCAACAGGGAAAAGGUGCUCUUGUCCUGAGUCCGCCACCAGUGCCGGGUAUCCCUCACCCAGGCAUGGGAGGAGGAAAACACCCCUUUUACCCUCCCAAAGAGAUAUCUGAAAUGGACGCUGUGUUUGAACAGCCAUUGGAGACUGACAAGUACUGGGUGGAUGACAAACAGAGGACAGAAGUGAUGCAGGCGGAAGUGGACUGGAUGAUAGAGGGCCGACCGGACGAUCUGCUCACAGAGAGGCAAUGCUUUAAUGACAGGCUGCAAGAGAGGACCCUUGGAGAACCAAGAACGUCCGACAGACAGACCGACAGAUACUGGAGUGAGGGCAGGCAUAUGGAGAGACAGUGGACUGUUGAUAGACACACACAGCGGCAGAUUGACAGAAAAAUAGAAAGACAGUGGAUGGGCGGCAGACAGAUUGAAAGAUCAUGGUCUGAGAGCAGGCCCAUGGACUUACAGGUAGACAAUCAGUGGACAGACAGCAGACAUACAGGAAGAAGGCUGGACAGACAAGCCCAGGCACUACAUUUGGCUCAAAGGCCGAUGCCUCCGUACCCAUCAGAUAGGACUCCAUCACCCAAACAGGAGGGGGACCCUUUGAAAAGCACAGAGGCCGCAGCAAUAGAGUGGCAUCCAGAGGACCUGCAGGGAGACGCGGCAGGUUCCACGGAUGGGUGGAGGAGCAGCGGAGAGGCAGGGGGAGGUGUCUCUGCCAGCCGAAAACCAGACCCCCCACCACAGAGCAGUAAACCCAACAUGUCUCGGCUGCGGCCAAGAUACAGGCGGGAGAGCUCAGACGCCCUGCCAGAGGAGGAAGGAGAUGAAGAGAGGGAUGCAGGAAAGAUGGAGAGGAGAGAGAGAAGACGAGAUUCAGAGGGUCAGCCCCCUCCAAUUCCUGAAAAGCCAAAGACCUCCUCCUAUGUGAGCUUUUCUAAAGAAACAGCUAAUGAACGAAACUUGCCUCCUCCUCCUGUUCCGCCGCCUUCCAACAAGCCCAUCCAUGGGCUGCCAGACAGAGCAGCAAGUCAAGGUGACGAGGGACUGAGACCUCAGGCUCCUGUGAAACCACAGAGGAACAGAAAAGCAAUGUCCUGUGAUGCAGGCUCUGAAAGAGAAAGCCCCAAUAACAUUGAGAAGCCCCCAAAUCGCAAACCCCCUGUGAAAAAACCUAGACUACCACAAAACAGAAAUAAGUCUCUGGACUUGUCUGACAGCUUUAACGCAGCACCUGGUCACAGCGAGCUGGUGUGAUGGCUGCCAAUCCAGGGGGUUCCCAUGGCAACGGUGAAUGGCGCAAAGUGCAAGGCCAAGAAUGAAAGGCAACAAACAUCACAAAGCAUCAUCAUCGUUCACCCGUUUCUGCUGAAACGCUCGCGUUGCUCCCUCUUCAUAUCAAGUCGUUGCCGGUUUUUUUUACUUUCUGUCUAACAUGAAAACCUGCUCACCUCCUUUUGUGGCUGCAGUCUUUUGAACACUAUAGCUACUUUAGAGAAGCAAAAUCAUUGCCGUGUGUGUUCCUGGACAGCGGGCCUAGUGUUUGCUUUUUUAGGCAGAAGAUUCUUGUCUUCAUUAGAAUGUGAUUUCUUGAAUUUGCAAUGCAUUUGAUAGUUGAUACAGUUGACCACCUUGAUUGAAAUAAUUAGUUGCUUCUUAUCAAAUGAAACCUGAUGAUUUAUAUCUAGUUUUGCUUUCAGGAAAGGUAAUAUAUUUUAUAGAUUAAAUAAAUAUUAUGUAUGAGCACCCUCAUUGUAUCAAAUAUACACAAAUAAUAAAAGGUUAACUUCUUUUA